AAGCAAGACAACGAAAUAUUCCACCAUGUUCAAAUACGCCGUCGUCGUUCUCGCUCUCGUUCCCUGCGCUGCUGCCAAGCCUGGACUCCUGGGUGCUCCCCUGGCAUACACUGCUCCUCUGGCUUACUCUGCUCCUCUGGCCUACUCUGCACCUGCUGCCGUAGUAGCUGCUUCCGCUCCAGUUGUGACCGCCACCAGUAGCCAGGUGAUCGCCAGGAACUACAAUGGGAUCGCCGCUGCUCCUGUGAUUGCUCCCGUUGCUGCUCCAGUAGUGGCCAAGUACGCGGCCGCUCCUCUGGCUGCACCUCUGACCUACUCCUCGCCAUUGGCUUACUCCGCACCACUGAGCUACGCCGCUGCUCCUGCACCAUUUCUCAUCUAAAUGUUUACGCUAUGAUUAUCUAG